GGAAAGAUGUCAGCCUCUAACUUAGUGUACUAGGAAGGAUGUAAGAUGGAGACAACGGCCUCAACCCGGUGAUGUAAAGUACUCUGCACUCCUGGACGGCUUUGGGUGUUGGGGUUGAUUGAUUUAUAUAGGCAUUAGUCAAUAUGCACUUUGUGGCCAAGUUCAAAUACACAACUCGACGAGUUGACGAACAUGGGUUUGCGUCCCCCGGCCGGGGGACGCGCGACCACUUUCCCUAAGACACCCGAAAAGCCCGAACUUCUGCGACAAGUACUCUGAGUGCAUAACAGACUAUUGAUAUCAACCGCUAAAGCCAUGCACCAGUGACAGCAGUGACCGGGGGGGUUCAUUGCUGCCUCGGUCGACACAGCCAGCUGCUCAGCUGCAUUCCUAUGCUCGGGAAGCAUACACUACAUGCAACUACAUUACUAAAGUAAGUUUACAGCUCAGGAAGGGCGGCGGUCUCAGCUUGGCCGUCAGCGACUGCCUGAGUUUUACUGGGGGGUUCAGGGGCGCGGCAGGUGCGAGGUUGCCCCAAGGAUCCCACAGGCCUCGCCCCAGACUUCUCGCCCCUAUGUUCCCAACGUGGUCUGCUAGCCUAACACCCACAGCCGCCAUGGCCAAAGGCACGGCCGUGGCCAGAGCUGCACGCGUCUACUCUGGGGGCAGGCCCUGGCCAGGCUGGGUGGGCCUGGGUGGCAGCUGGGCGGGCCUGGGCGGCAGCUGGGCGGCCCUGGGCGGCAGCUGGGCGGGCCUGGGCGGCAUCUGGGUGGGGGCUGAGCGAGCCUGGGCAGAGCCUGGACAAGGGCCUGGACAAGGGCUGGGGAGGAGCCAAAUACCAAUGGGUUACCGGGAAGUGACCAUUUUACCAACGUUAACCGAUGUUUUACCGUGUGGCCAACCCCUACCAAUCGUAACCGAUGCUGACCGACGCUGACCAUCGGUUUAUCAGGGUGACCGCCCAGUUACCGACCCCAUACCAAUCGGUUUAA